AUGGUUCAAACUGAUAUGCAGUAUUCAUUCAUUUACCAAGCCUUACUAGAGUACUACCUCUACGGCGACACAGAACUAGAUGUGGCCUCAUUAGAAAAGCACCUUCAGACAUUGUACAGUCCGGCACCGCCAUUUGAGAAAGUUGGUCUAGAACAGGAGUUUAAAAAACUAACAAAUGUUCGAAUAAUGAAAGAAAACAUGAGGACGGGGAACCUGCCGGCCAACAUGAAGAAGGCCAGAGUCAUCCAGAUUAUCCCAUAUGACUUCAACCGAGUGAUUCUGUCAAUGAAGAGAGGGGAAGAAUACACAGACUAUAUCAACGCUUCCUUUAUUGAUGUACGUACCAUAUAG